CACUAGGAAAGCAGUUGUCGUGAUGAUUAUGUCGUCGCUGUGAAUACAAGCUUGCCUAUAACUAGUCAGACAAAGAUGAUAACUGUUCCUAAGAAUUCUGCAGGAAAGGCCUACGUAGUGUUUUCUAAAGAACAUGUCACUCGACACGAACUGUUGAGAUUCGAAUCAUAUGAUGUAUACAACGAUCAAUGGGUCAUACGCACGUGGGACGGAAGGCAUCUGGCUGUCGACGACGACGGUAGAUUAAUCGUCAAGACUGGAUGUGUUACGACUAAAUUUCUUCGUUUUGUUUCACCUGAGAAUCUGUUGAGCUGCUUCGAGAGUAUUCAAUGUAAAAUGAUCUUGUGUGGUACGUCGAUUAACUCGCUUUCUAUCAAAAAAUCAUUUAUUGUCAAACAAGACGGUCCAGGUACACCAGUACUUUCGAGUCAAUGCCAAAAUUACCAAAAUUUCAAAGAAUCUGGAACAUUAAGAAAUCUACAAAAUUCCACCCAUUUUGUAAACUUUUUGCUUACAAGCUCUGACAGCGUAAAUCAACGGUUGACAAGCGGUUUGAAAAGAAUGUGCCCGAGAGCUUUCGAUCCGAGUGGAAACGCAUCCAACAACCAAUGCGAUGUCUAAGCCAUGGUGUACUACAGUACUGCAUAUCGGCAAAUUUCUCUAGAUAAACGUUGACUAAAUUUCUAGUAAACUCUAUUUUGUGUCGAAGCAUGUUUCUGUCUUUAGUGACUGGCUUUAGGUAACUUAUUCAAGUGGUAAAGAACACGAAUGUCUACUAGUAAUUGAGUAUUAUUGAUUCAACUGCUGCUAGUCUCGGUAAAUAAAUGAAUAAACAGUUAUUAGAUACCGCCCUCAUUUCUUUCCUUAAUGGUCUGUCGUUAAUUAACUGCAGUUUCCACA